AUGUCGAGGGCAGUCAAACCAGUGAAGCAAGUGACCUUUGGCCCAGUCACACACUUCUCUGCCCCUCUCAUAGAAGCCUCCCAAGGCUCAGACGCACCUGAAAAGAGCCGUUUCGUAGAUGCGCCGGCGCUGCGCCCGCGCGUGUCGAGGCCGGCGACAGUGGCGAUCGUCGCUUCCGGGACGACGCCGCACGUACAGAAUGAAGUGAACGGGCUCCUCGGGACCGGAGAGCUGGAAAAGUACGCGGUGCAGCCAACGCUGUUCCUCGGCUCAGCCGUGGAAGAACCCCACGCAGCACUGUCGUCUGUUCAGCAGGCCGCUAAUGUCGCCACUGACGACAACUGGGAGGGAGGCGACACGCAGGACUGGACACCGGUGUCACAUCCGCGUGCGAUCCCCGCGACCUCACCGGUGGCUCGGCAGGGGCCGUCCGAAGAUGACACGUACGACACACCGGUGGAGAGCAGGCCUGUCACACGGUGCCAUCUGACGGGUGCGGCAAGGUUAGAGGGUGCGGGGACCCGCGAACCGCCACCGUCGAUUUUGGAAAAGUCGCCUACGCUUUCACAGCUGGUGUCCGCAGUGGACGACAUCCUUGGCGGCCCCCAGCGCACCUCACGGAGUCCUUUGGCUGCUUCCUCCUCUGCCGUUGCUCUUCGAGGCAGCUGCUAUUCAACGGACGCCGCAGCGGAACAAUUAUGCACGACGAACUCUUGUCCGCCGACGCCAAUGAGUCCGGCAAAGGUGCAAAAGACGGACGCACAUGACACGAGCGAAGCCAGCAGAUGCUCCGACCCACUGCUCGUGGCAAGGUGCAUGCUCUACCACCGGGAAGGAGACGAGAGCAUCACCGCAAGCGGGUCCACCUGCCGUGCCUCCCAGUGCAACACCGAGUCGACCGCGGCGCUGACUGUGCCCCAUAACACAAGUGACAAGGUGCACCCGUCCUUCUGCGUCUUCUGCGGCAUCGGUGCGAACUGCGGGCAUGCUGACGAGACACUUUCACUCUGCUUCUCUGACGGCAUCGUGUAUCACACGGCGUGUGCCCUUUGGUGUCCAGAGGUCUUCUACGACAUCGAACUCGGCAGACUGAAAGGCAUUGCAGAGGCGGCACACCGAGCUCGCCUUAUCAAGUGCGCGUGGUGCCGCCAACCAGGAGCGGGGGCCGGCUGCGCCUGCCCAACGUGUCAGCUGAGCUUUCACGUCCCUUGCGCGGUAAAAGCUCGGGCGUCGAUUAAUGUGCAGGCGUUUGUGCUCUACUGUCCAGCCCACAGAUCAGCCACCGUCAGCAGAAGUGCGGGAGAUGUGCUCGGGCCCCCAGGCGGCGAGGCGGCUCUGAAAAGGACGAAGGCUGAAUAG